AUGAUCCAGAUCGUCGGACUGCUCUUGCUGUGCCUGGCAACGGCCGGUCUAGGGACUACUACUACCCCAUCCGCUGGUUAUCCUCUGGAACUGUUUUGGCCUGUGUAUGGGAUAAAUAACAAACCGCAGAUUAUCGAGUACAAUGGGUACCCCAAGGAGGUUCACUUGGUCACCACCGAGGACGGAUACAUACUGGAGCUUCACCGAAUCCCCCACGGCAUAAAUGAAUCCAAAUACAACGGGAAAAACGCAUUCAAGGACAACGGGCAACCAAGACCUCCUAUACUCCUUCAGCACUGCCUGCUCUGCUCCUCGGCCGAAUUCGUUAUGAACACUCCUGAUAAGGCUCUUGCGUAUUUAUUGGCUGACUCUGGGUACGAUGUGUGGAUGGGCAACGUGCGAGGGAACACCUAUUCUAGGAAUCAUGUUUCUCUUUCACCCAGCCAGAAGGAGUUUUGGCAGUUCAGCUGGAGCGAGAUGGCCUAUUACGACAUGCCUGCCAUUAUCGACCACAUACUAAACGAAACCAAGGCUAAAGAUUUGUAUUACGUAGGCUUCAGCAUGGGAACCACCGUUUUCUGGGCAAUGAUGAGUGACAGGCCAGAGUACAACCAGAAGGUUCGUUGCAUGGCGGCGAUGGGUCCCGUCGCCUACGUCGGCAACGCGAAGGGCCCCUUGGCACGCCUGGCGUCAAAGGCCGGCUUUAUGGAGGGGAUGGCCAAGUUCUUCGGAAAAUACGAGUUUCUGGCGUUUGGUCCCGUGAUGGAUAAGCUUCUGUCUUAUGCCUGUGACGAACGAGUGCUCGCGUCAGCCAUGUGUCGGAACUUCCUCUUCCAAAUAGGUGGUUCUAAUCCGAAGCAACUCAAUGAGGAAUUUCUGCCUGUUUUAUUAACUCACACCCCCGCUGGAACUUCCAUAUUCACAGUCACGCAUUACCUUCAGGAGAUAAUGUCAGGUAACUUCCAGAAAUACGAUUAUGGUGUGAAGGGCAACCUGGAGAAGUAUAAUUCGACAUCUCCGCCAGAGUACAACCUUAACAAUGUUACAGUUCCUGUAGCGCUCUUCUCCUCGGAAAACGACUGGCUUGCUGCGCCCAAGGAUGUUGAGAAACUCAAGCUUGAGCUUCCAAAUAAUGUGUACCACAAGGUUGUGGAGGAUCCAAUGUUCACACACUUGGACUUCGUGUGGGCAAAAGAUGCUGAUCAACUUGUGUACAAAGAUGUACUGAAUUUCCUGGCUCAGUGCUGAGGAUUUCUGGUCCAAGUUCAACCUGUACCAUCGCAAUGUUAUUUUUUUCAGAAUUUUAUUUUAGUAAACAAUGUAUGUUGUUCCAACUGCAUGAUCAUUAAAAGUAGGAAUACUUUUUGCUAAUUUUCACACUAUUGGCAACUAUAAUUAUUUAAUACAUCCUGACAUCCCAACUGCACUAAUAUUGGAAUGAACUUAAAUUAAUGUGCAGACCUCCAGUGAAUUUCAUGAAUGGACAUUAUAUUAACACUACAUUUUUAUAGUAGUACUAAAAAAUAUUGCUGGUUAUAUUUUUUAUGGAAAUGUGAAGCUAGAAGUUUGGUCGAUAAAAAUUAUCAAAAAAGAUUUGGUCUAUAUGUAUAUGUUUAGCAAAACAGUGAUUAUUACAAAAACAAAUCUGGAAACAAAUGUUUUGAAUAAAUAUAGAACCUUC